AUUCCCUGUCCCGAGAAAACAAUUCAUUUUCGUUUGUUCCGUUUCUAGAGAGAGAGAGAGAGAGAGAGAGAGAGAGAGAGAGAGAGAGAGUUUGAAUCUUUGAAUGUGGAUAGUGAGAGUUGAGAUUCCUCUGAUCACUCGGCAGUUUCAGAGCAGAUUCUGGUUUGAUUGCUGACUUUGGAAGCAUACCCAGUUCGUGAUUUUGAGAGAACAUGUAUUUGCAGCUCUAAAGGAACUGCGGUCAAGGUCCUACGUGAAUUGUGUGUGUGUGUGUGCGUGUGCGUGAGAGAGAGAGAGAGAGAGAAAGAGAGAGAGAGAGAGAGGAGGAGGAGGAGGAGGAAGCACUCUGAGGUAAACGUCUCAGGUGAAUCAAAGAUUUUUUGAGUGGCAUACAGAGCCUUGAAACAUGGUGGAAGAAAGAGAAAAUGAAGCCCCCAUAGCUGCCCGGUCGGCUGAUGAAUGGCUGCUGCAUGCUCAGGAGCUUCUCCCUUUGGCUCUUGAGAAGGCCCGAGAGGUCAAGGCCUUCCCAAGUCGAUGGAAGACAAUAAUUUCGAAGCUCGAGCAGGUCCCCUCGUGCUUAUUGGACCUGUCCAGUCACCCUUGCUUCUCCAAAAAUGCUCUCUGUAAGGAGCAGUUGCAGGGAGUCUCUGCGACUCUGAGGGAAUCGAUGGAAUUGGCUGAAUGCUGUUUGAGGGAGAAGCAUGAAGGGAAACUCAAGAUGCAGAGCGAUCUGGACCUCUUGACGGGUAAAUUGGACUUGAAUUUAAAAGAUUGCCGGGUCCUUGUGAAGACUGGUGUGCUCGGGGAAGCGACUUUACCUCUAAGUAUCAAUAAAUCUUCUGACUCCGAAGUCCAUACGGGUAUAAAGGAACUUCUCGCUCGGCUUCAAAUUGGGCACUUGGAGGCAAAACACCGAGCCCUCGAUGCCCUGCUUGGAAUCAUGAAGGAGGAUGAGAAAAAUCUUAUCGCUGUAAUUGGGCGAAGCAAUGUGGCUGCUCUAGUUAAUUUAUUAACUGCCACAACCUCUCCUUUGAUUCGGGAAAAGGUUGUAACAAUUAUAUGCUGUCUCAUUGAGUCGGGCAGUUGCGAGAAUUGGUUGAUCACGGAAGGCGUCCUCCCGAGCUUGAUCAGGCUGGUGGAGUCGGGCAGCCCAACCUCUAAGGAGAAGGCUGUGAUUUCACUCCAGAAGCUGUCGGGCUCUCCUGAGGCAGCCCACUCUAUUGCAGAGCAUGGUGGAACUCGUCCUCUAAUUGAGCUCUGUGCUCACCGUGGUUUGACCCUGCAGUCCUCCGCUGCUUGUACACUGAAGAACAUAUCGGCUGUCCCUGAGGCACGUCAAAUACUGGCCCAGGAAGGACUCAUAGAGGCGAUGAUCGAUCUCCUCGAAAAUGGGGCAUCAUUUGGGCCAAAGGAAUGUGCUGCCCAAUGCUUGCAGAACAUAACCUCAAGCAACGAGAACUUGCGGAGGUCCGUGAUUUCCAAAGGCGGGAUCAGAGCCUUGUUGGCUUAUAUUAAUAACAGUCUGUUACCCCUGGAACCAGCGGUAGGGGCAGUGAGGAACUUGGUGGGGACGGUUUCGUUGGAAGGCCUAGUCUCAGCGGGUCUGCUGCCGUGCCUGGUCCAUGUCAUCAGGUUUGGCGCCCUAGGAGCUCAGCAAGCUGCAACUUCAGCAAUAUGCCGGGUCUGCGGGAAUGAUGAUGCCAAGAAAUUAAUAGGGGAGGCUGGAAUCAUUCCCCUCCUGAUAAACUCCCUCGAGCUGAAAUCGGACACCCUAAGGGAAGUCUCUGCUCAGGCCAUCUCUUCCCUCAUAACAGUUCAUCAGAACUACAGGGAGGUCAAGAGGAACGACAAGAGCGUGCCCAAUCUGGUCCAACAGCUCGACCCAAAUCCGAGGAACACUGCAAAGAAAUAUGCAGUGUCGUGUUUGUUGUGCCUCUCAUCCAGCAAGAAGUGCAGGAAGGUUAUGGUCUCUUACGGGGCGAUUGGGUACUUGAAGAAGCUGACCGAGAUGGAUGUCCCGGGAUCGAAGAAGCUGCUCGAGAGAUUGGAGAGAGGGAAAUUCUGGAGUUUGUUCAGUAAGAGUUAGGUUAGGCACGACUAUAGUGCCACUAUCCUUUCCCAUUUCUGUUUGUGUGAUGAUCAAUAUCUCAUUGUCUAUAAAUUAUCCUCUAAAAGAAAAUGUGUGUAUUGGGACAUGGAGUAAUGAACUGCAGUGUGCACAAGCUCCUUGCCCUGCCUACGCAAAUCAAUCAUCCUAUUUCGUCUA